AUGUCAAAUACGGGUUAUACGCUCAUCUAUGAGCCGAACUCGGCUGCAAAGAAGUCGCUUUCGGAAUUCAGAACCUUGUUGGAAAAGGGGAAGGAUGAAAGUAAGAUCGACACCAUGAAGAAGAUCUUGAUAACCAUGCUCAAUGGUGACCCACUUCCAGAUCUUUUGAUGCACAUUAUUAGAUUUGUAAUGCCAAGUAAGAACAAAGAGUUGAAGAAAUUAUUGUACUUUUAUUGGGAAGUUUGUCCUAAAUUGGAUGAGCAUGGCAAGAUGAGACAAGAAAUGAUUUUGGUCUGUAAUGCUAUCCAGAGAGACUUGCAGCAUCCAAAUGAAUAUGUUAGAGGUAACACAUUAAGGUUUCUUAACAAAUUAAAAGAACCGGAUUUGUUAGAAACGUUGGUCCCAAACGUGAGACAAUGUUUGGAACACAGACACCUGUAUGUUAGAAAAAACGCAGUUUUCGCCGUUUAUUCUAUCUUCAAAGUUGCUGAGCAUUUAGUUCCAGAUGCAGAUGAAUUGAUUUACAGAUUCUUAUACGAAGAAACCGACUCUGUUUGUAAAAGAAACGCAUUUGUUUGCUUGGGUGAAUUAAAUAGAGAUGCUGCUUUAAGAUAUAUGCAAGAUAACAUUGCCAACUUAGAGUCAUUGGAUUCUUUGUUACAAUUAAGUUUCAUUGAAUUUAUCAGGAAAGAUAUCAUUCAAAAUGGCGACAGUACCCUUAGAAGUCAAUAUGGUCAAUUAGUAGAGGAAUUGUUGGAAAGCAGUACUAUUAACAAUGUUGUCAUCUAUGAGGCUGCCAGUGUCUUAACCAAAUUAACUGGUUCAUCAUCUGCUGUUUUACUAGCGGGUCAAAAAUUUGUCGACUUAGCUACUAAAGAAGCUGAUAACAAUGUUAAGAUUAUUACAUUGGAGAGAAUCAAUGAAUUGCACAAGGAACAUCCAGGUAUCUUACAAGACCUAAGCUUAGAAAUCUUAAGAGUAUUAAACUGUCAAGACUUAGGAGUGCGUAAGAAGGCUCUUGAUGUGACAUUACAAUUUAUUACCAGCAGAAAUGUUGAAGAUGUAGUUAAAUUGUUAAAGAAGGAAGUACAAAGGACUGCAUCAAGCAAUGAAGAUAACAAUAAUGAGUAUAGACAGCUAUUGAUCAAUUCCAUUCAUCAAUUGGCGAUUAUGUUUGUUGAGGUUGCCGAAAAUGUUGUUGAUUUACUCUUAGAGCUGAUGAGUGAUUUGAACUCCAGUGCAGCUUAUGAUGUCAUUGUUUUCGUCAAGGAAGUAGUUGAAAAAUUCCCACAGUUGAGACAAAGUAUUGUGACUAGAUUGAUUGGCAGUUUAGGAAAUGUUAAGAGCGGUAAAGUCUUCAGAGGAGGCUUAUGGAUUUUAGGUGAAUACUGUGUCGAAGAAAAAGAAAUCCAAGAUGCUUGGAAGUAUAUCAGAGGCGCAAUUGGUGAAGUUCCAAUUAUUGCCAGUGAAAAGAGGGCCCACAGUGGUUCUGCAGAGUCAGAAGAAAUCGAAAGGAAUGAUACUCCUAAGAAGAAGAAGGGUCCAACAGUAAAUGCGGAUGGUACAUAUGCCACUGAAAAUGCCCUUACAGUUGAAAGCGUUGAAUCAACUGAAGAGAAGCCACCACUUCGUAAGCUUAUACUUCAAGGUGAUUUUUAUCUUGCCGCUGUUCUCUCCUCAACAUUGGUAAAAUUGAUUUUACAAUUACAAAGAAUUUCCAAAAACUCAUCUAUUUUAAACCCAUUGAAAGCUGAAGGUUUACUUAUUAUGGUUUCUAUAUUGAGAGUGGGCCAGGACUCUGCAUAUGUUACUAAAAAAAUUGAUGAAGAUUCUGCUGAUAGAAUUUUCUCAUGUAUUAACUACUUAACCGAUGAAACAAACAGUGAGUUGAUCGAAAGGUCCUUCUUGGAUGAUACAAGAGAGGCAUUUAAGACCCAGGUUGAAACCGAAGAAAAGAAGAAAUUAGAAGAAGAAGCUAAACAGUUUCAUAAGAAUGCUGAACAAGUUGAUGAUUCUAUCGUAUUUGAACAAUUUGAAAGCUCAGCUAAUAAGAAACCCGAAGAUGCUAGUAGCUCGGGAAUUGAAGAGGUUACAGUUAAGGCCGAUUCAAGACUUAAUAAGAUUCUUCCAUUAACUGGAUACUCAGAUCCAAUUUACUGUGAAGCUUACAUUAAAAUCCACCAAUAUGACGUUACUUUGGACGUUUUACUCGUGAACCAAACCAAGGCAACUUUAAGAAAUCUUUCUGUAGAGUUUGCUGCAUUAGGUGAUUUGAAGGUUGUCGACAAGCCUGCUACCGCCAACAUUGGUCCACAUGGAUUCCAUAAAGUUCAAACAACGAUUAAGGUUACAUCUGCUGAUACUGGUGUCAUAUUUGGUAACAUUGUUUAUGAUGGACAGCAUUCUGAUGAGUCUACUAUUGUCAUCCUUAACGAUGUCCAUGUAGAUAUUAUGGACUACAUCAAGCCAGCAACUUGUACUGAAAAUGUUUUCAGGAAAAUGUGGAAUGAGUUUGAAUGGGAAAACAAGAUAACUAUCAAGUCAACUAUGAAUUCAUUGAAGGAAUACUUAGAGGAAUUGAUGAAGGGAACAAACAUGAAUUGCUUAACCCCAGGAGCAAUUCAAGGAGAAGAAGACUGCCAAUUCUUAUCUGCUAACUUGUAUUCAAGGUCAUCAUUUGGUGAGGAUGCGUUAGCAAACUUGUGUAUUGAAAAGCAAACUGAUGGAGGUCCAAUCAUUGGUCAUGUUAGGAUUAGAUCUAAGGGCCAAGGGUUAGCAUUGAGUUUGGGAGAUAAGGUUGCGUCAAUCAGUAGGAAGAGCCCUAAGGCCAUCACUGCCUGA